UGGUGGCUACUCAGUUUAGGCUGGUGCUUUGCAUCAGGCCAAGAAGUUAUGCUCCUGGGGCCUUUUAUAUAGUGUGGGGCAGGGAAGAAAGGUUUUGAGUUUUAAAUCUUUACUAUUGUAAGUGUAGUACAGGAUCAUGGUAAAAAAUUAAAAUCAUUUUAAAGGUCAUAAAGAGAAGUAAGAGUUCCCAACUCAGUCUCUCUGGAACACUUUGGUCACAUUUCUCAGAGAUAACCACUAUGAACCUUUAUGUUCUUCCAGAAAUUUUCCAUGAAUAUAUAUAAGCAAUUGGUAUAUGUAUUCUCUCUUCUCCCUUUUAUGUAUAAAUGGGCAUAUAUAUAUAUGUACAUAUGCCCCACCUCUGCAGUUUGCCUGUUUUUUUCUCUUAAUGUGUCUUUUCAUCUGUGAGCAUGUAGAUAGAUCUAACAGAAAGGAAUUCUGCGCUGAUGGAAGUAGGGAUAAAAGCUCAAGAUUGGAAGCUAUGAUGACUGACUACCUUUAUUGUUUGAGUGUGAGUUUAUUUACUCCCAUGUCUAGGAAGUCAAAAAAAAUAGAUGCCAAGUGGAAAUGAUUGGAAUGUUUUGUUAUAGUUGUUCUUACUUUUUGUUUUACUUGUUUUGUUAUACUUGUUCUUACUGACUCUUCUUAAUUCAUUCAGCAGUUAUAAAGACUUGGAAAAGGUUUAAUAGAUUGUCUUAGGGCUCAUAAGCAGUGAUUGGAUUAUUUAUAAAUUGGCAAAUGAGAGCUGCUUGUGAUUCAUUCAGAACCUCUGAAAUUUAUAAAUUCCUUAAAAUCUUGAAAAAUGCUUUAUUGAUUUUUAAAAUCUGAGUUUAAACAUAAUUUAUAAAGAAUUUACAGUGAAAUAAUGUGUCAUAGCACAUGGGGCUCAUUAGUAAUGUUUAUAGGAGUAAAUAUUAUACUUACGAUUAUCUGGGUAAGUUACCAUAGCUUUUUCUUUUGGGGGUGGUUAUUUAUUGCUAAUAUAAACUCUUCAGCUGAAUAGUUUCAAGUUUGACUUCUUUGCAAAGAUUCUGUAGUAGUUUGGGCAGCAUUUUCUUUAAAUACAUUUUGAUAUAUGACAAAGAACACAUUUUUAAAAGUUCCAUGUUUUUGUUGUCAUUGAGAUAUUUAGACAGGGUUAAAACUUUAACACUUAAGAUUUAAGCUGUUUGUCAGUUAGCUCAAAUUUUUGACAUAGUGUUUCAAAAAAUAAUAUUCAAACUAUGUAGAUUUAGCAGAAAGAAAAGAGUAGCUCAUUUUAAAGUAUUCAUACUUUAUAGUUUUUAAUAUGUGAGACCAACUGGUUUCUGAUAGUACAUUCUGUAGUAUAGUACAUUUAGGUACUAGAUUUUAACUAUUUGACAGAACGGAAGGACACCAAUAAUUUAAAACCAAUGUUAAUAGAAGUUACUCCAGUUAAAGGUGAAUUAGAUGUUAAAGUAAAAGCUUCUCAAAUUCAGUAAAGCAGAGUGAGCAUAGGUUACAGUUUAUGUACAGGAAUUCAGUCAUUCAUCCAAUACAUUAUUUUAAUAUAUAGCAUUGCUUUGGGUGAUAUGUAUAAAAGAAAUAUGUAGAGGUCUUUAAUUGGGUACCUUCUAGAACUUCUUGAGUGAAUUAACAAUGAAAACAUAGUGGAUAAAAUUGAUACUUUGAGUAAGAAACCAGUUUUUCUGCAUAUGAGCCAUAAGAUAGUUAAAAUCACUGGGGUGUAAUUCUUACUAUAGUUGUAGAGUUUAUAGCCUGAUAAAUGGUCCUUGUUUUACCACCGAGAGUAAUUCUAGUAACUGGACAGUUUGUUUUCUUCAAAUCACCCCUCUUUCUCAGGAAAAGCAUUGGAUAAACAUCUUCAGAGUUUUAAUCAUCUUAUUCUUUUAUAAAAGCCCUUCUCUCCUUGUUGGGUAGGUCAUUUCUCAUUCUUCUAAGAAUCACAUACCAGUCAUGCCUCCCUGGGACCACACCCAGGUCACUGAACUUGCUCAUUCAAAUUCCUGAGCCACCUUAGGGAUGGAUUCCUUUGGUUUGUGGCUGCUCUUAAUCUCUUGAAUGCAGAUUUUUUACAAUUUCAGUCUGAGGAAACGUACAUUUCAAGGUUUUUAGGUACCUUGCUAUCUCAGAUAGAGUAGUAAUCUGGUAACCUUUAUCACACUUAGCACACUGAAACCACUUGUCUAGUUAUUUCCUUUCUCUAACCCCUAGUAGACUGGGAGCUCCUGGAAUGUAGGCAUUCUGUAUCUUGUUCACCAUAUUUCUGGCAUCUAACUGGCUAACAUUUUCAUCAAAUUAAUAUGUUAGAUAAUGUACCACAUUUUGACAGAAGGGAUUAAAGCAGAAUGAUUUGCAUGUAAGUAAAAUAAGGGGUUUGGCCCAGUGAGUAAAGAAUGCACCCACAUUCCCUGAGAAGAUGGUACCUUGAGCAGCCGCCACAGAUGCCCAGUUGUCUUGGCGCAUCUUUCCCUACAGUGGGCUGGGCAUGCCAGAGGAUUGUUACUUAACUGAUCCAGCCAAGAUCUUUGCCAGUGACCGCCUCUUUCUUGGCCUCUCCAGGCAAUGUUAUGUUUUUGAUCUGACUUCUUAGGUAGUCUUCCUUUUUUGGGGCAAAGUCCCAAAUGCCCACUAAUUAGUACUUUUGUCUCUAGCUGUUAUGUUUCUCAUGGUAAAUGGCCACUCCAGGAUUCUGUACAUUGGCUCACUUUGAGUCAGUUUUAAUGAAAUUCAGACAGAAUGUCAGGAGGAGCCACAUUAAAGACUGGACCCAGAGUUCUGGGAGUGUCUGUUAUAGCCACGCUGGGAGGCCUCGUUUCCAUCCGGGAGCUGGCCCUUCUUUGUUAUAUCUUUAUUUCAUAUUUAACUUGAGAGAAUAUCUGUUCUUCAGAAAUUAUAAUAUUUAGAGACACACAUAUAUGGAAACAUUUAAGUCACGACGCGAGGCAGUUGAUUGAAUACUGACAAAGACUGUCUUUUGACCAAAACUUUAGCCAGGCUCCUCUGAGUCCUCUAUUUGAUGAGGUCCUACCUUGGGCUUCUCUCUCUCUCCUUGUUGAGUCCAGUUUGAGCAAUAAUUCUGUUAAGUCAGUUUAGGGAAAAUUCCCAACCUUUGGUAUCUGACCACCCUCCUAUCUUACCAUCUUGGCCUGCAUUCAGCAAUAAUCCUAUCAAGUCAGUUUAGCCAGAAACCCUUUAUCCUUGACAUUUCUGUUUAGUAAUUUUCCAUCCACUGAUGCUACCCUGCUUUGGUUGUAUUUCUCUGUCCUUAUUGGAGUCUGAGUUGAGUUCAGCUCUCUGCCCUGCUGCAAGACCCCAUUACAUGGUCCCUGUACUUGUCACCAUGGUCCCUCUUGAAUAAAAUCUGCCUUCCUAUCUUUAACGUGUCGUGAAUAAUUUUUUUGACUAACACUGUUAAAGUAAAUAGUACAUUGAGAAGCAUGGUGAAAAGUUCUAAAAGGAAAAAAAGUUGAACUGAGUGGUACAGAAUGUUAAGUGCUUGGAGUUGGAAUGGUGGGUGAUGUUCAGUGGGUUCAGGCUGAGCUCCAGAAAAGAGGGAUUGGGAUAGGUAUGGAGGAAGGGGCAAUAGCAACAGCAUUAGCAGAGACUGAAAACUGAGGGAAAUGGAAGUUUUCAGGGGAGGAGGCCUGGCCCAGCAGAGGCAAGUUAGCCUUUGGGGCUUGCUGGGACAGAUGCUUGGGUAAAGCUGGGAGGAAUAAGAAAACCCCUGAGUUUCUGGCUGCACAGGUUGAACUUAGACCUAUUUGCAGUGUGGAGUGGAGAUUUGCAUAGAGAGUAGCUUGAUGACCUUAAUUAAUCAUAACGGUGAUUAAUUUGUUAUAAUAAUUGGAAGUGGGAAGAAACUGUAGGCUUGGAGAAUGGAAGGGUGCUUAAAGCUAUCUGGGUUGGGUGGUUGAAGACCAAACUUUGGAGUUGUAGGGGGAUCUCAAAGAGUUGUGUGUUGUGAAUCCAUAAACCUUGGAAAUUGGAUAUAAGGUAAGAAGGGAUGUAUGUAAGUAAAGAAAUGGGCAAAUAGUAAGAUGUUGAGUAUGAAGAUGCUAUAUAGAGUAAUAUGCUAGGUUAUGUGUAUGUUAAAUUUUACAGUGUUUUGCACCAAAUGUGCCCCCUUUUCUGCCUGCCUCUCCUUUGUUCUUCAGCACGCAGCUCAAAAUCCUCCCCCGGCUCUGUCAACCUAUGUUCCUGUAGAACUGUGUGUUUACCACUAUCAUGCACGAACAAUGCUUGAUUUCUGUUGCUUACCUGUCUCCUAAACUAGGCUAGAAGCUCCAUGAGGUCAGGGACAGUAAUUUUUCUCCAGCACCUCCUAACGUAUUAGGUUUGCAGAUAUUUGUGGGAUGCAUUAUAUGCUAUUAUGUCUUCUUGCUGCUUUCUCUGGAGUGUUGGCAGUAGCCUUUUAAUUGAUUAUUACUUAUCCUCCUACUGUCUAGAUAGUAAUCAGCCAUUGCCCUGAAGGAGUCAGGGCAGGUAAUGGUGUUGAGGGCCCUCUGUUUUCCCGUGCUGGCUUUUAGUGGGGCAGAUGUUUGCAGCAUACAGCUUCUGUAUUGUGUGUCUUGAAGAUAGUAACGUGUACUUUGAUUUUCUGAUACAGUGAGUAACCUGGGGUGAGAUAAAUCUGCCUGAUGUCAAGGUUUAAGUACAUUAGAGCCACAGAGGAGGAAACUCUGCGAGCACUAACCACCAUUACUGUGCCAGGUUCCCUGGAGAAGCUAAGUACAGCAUUCUCAACCUUCAUUACUCAAGGUCUUUGGGGUGGAUGAAAAUGGAAUUCAUUAUAAAGAAAAUACUAUUUUUACUCUUUUACUUGUAUGGUUUUGCUUGAGAGAGUCUUUGUGUGUUUAGGAGCAUCAUUCUAUUUUGGCCGGUGCUUGCAUUUUUCACUUAGUGACUGUUGAAGUGUUUUCUCAGGGAGUUGUGUUUAAAAGCUGUGAGGAAGACACUGUUUCAAAAAGAUUCUAAAUUCUUUAAGCUAUUCUGUAUAGGUAAAUUUAAGUUGUCUGAAUCAGUGUAGAUGUAAUAAACAUUAUUUUCUUAUUUCUAACUGAGAAGUAUUUUUAUGGGCUUUCUCAGCCUCUUAUUUCUCAGUGUUCUCACAUCUGGUUACUAGAUGGCAAACUGCAUUCUCCUUGUUGUGUUCCAUCACAUGGGUACUUUUAAGGAAUUCCUCUUCAGAUAGUACUUUCUGUUUUUUUUUUUUUAAAGCUCUUUUGUGAUACAGGCUUUGGGGAGCUGAAACUGUUGUUAGGAUUGGGUGGUCUUUUGCCUUUCCCUAUUCUCUUGAUCUCUUGUUGGAUCCCAGGGGGAGCGGGAGCACACCUUCUUGAGAAGGUUGGAGGAGAGUUCAGCCGGCAGCAGUUGGUGUGUGGGGCAUGCCUGCACAGGGCAAGGAAGACAGUCAUUUCAGGCUGCCUGCUGUUUCCCGGGGAGAUCAUGAAACGAGGUCGCCUUCCCAGCAGCAGUGAGGAUUCUGACGACAAUGGCAGCUUGUCAACUACAUGGUCCCAGAAUUCCCGAUCCCAGCACAGGAGAAGUUCCUGCUCCAGGCAUGAAGAUCGAAAGCCUUCGGAGGUGUUUAGGACAGACCUGAUCACUGCCAUGAAGCUGCAUGACUCCUACCAGCUGAACCCGGAUGAGUACUAUGUGCUGGCAGAUCCCUGGAGACAGGAGUGGGAGAAAGGGGUCCAGGUGCCAGUGAGCCCAGGGACCAUCCCUCAGCCCGUGGCCAGGGUCGUGUCUGAAGAGAAAUCCCUCAUGUUCAUUAGGCCCAAGAAGUACAUCGUCUCGUCAGGCUCUGAGCCUUCAGAGUUGGGCUAUGUCGAUAUUCGGACGCUGGCCGACAGCGUGUGUCGAUAUGACCUCAAUGACAUGGAUGCUGCAUGGCUGGAGCUGACAAAUGAGGAAUUUAAGGAGAUGGGAAUGCCUGAACUGGAUGAAUACACCAUGGAGAGGGUCCUGGAGGAAUUUGAACAGCGCUGCUACGACAACAUGAAUCAUGCUAUAGAGACUGAAGAAGGACUGGGCAUUGAAUAUGAUGAAGAUGUCGUCUGUGAUGUCUGCCAGUCACCUGACGGCGAGGACGGCAAUGAGAUGGUGUUCUGUGACAAAUGCAACAUCUGUGUGCACCAGGCCUGUUAUGGAAUCCUCAAGGUACCAGAGGGCAGUUGGCUGUGCCGGACAUGUGCCUUGGGGGUUCAGCCAAAAUGUUUGCUGUGUCCCAAGAAAGGUGGAGCUAUGAAGCCCACCCGCAGCGGAACCAAGUGGGUCCACGUCAGCUGUGCCCUGUGGAUCCCUGAGGUGAGCAUUGGCAGCCCUGAGAAGAUGGAGCCCAUCACAAAGGUGUCCCACAUCCCCAGCAGUCGGUGGGCACUGGUGUGUAGCCUCUGCAACGAGAAGUUUGGGGCCUCCAUACAGUGCUCUGUGAAGAACUGCCGCACAGCCUUCCACGUGACUUGUGCUUUUGACCAGGGCCUGGAGAUGAAGACCAUCCUGGCAGAGAACGAUGAAGUUAAGUUCAAGUCCUACUGCCCGAAGCACAGCUCACACAGGAAACCGGAGGAGAGCCUCGGUGAGGGGGGCACACAGGAGAAUGGGGCCCCUGAGUGUUCCCCCCGGAAUCCGCUGGAGCCCUUUGCCAGCCUUGAGCAGAACCGGGAGGAGGCCCACCGGGUGAGUGUCCGUAAGCAGAAGCUGCAACAGCUGGAGGAUGAGUUCUACACCUUCGUCAACCUGCUGGAUGUCGCCAGGGCCCUGCGGCUGCCGGAGGAAGUAGUGGAUUUCCUGUACCAGUACUGGAAGUUGAAGAGGAAGGUCAACUUCAACAAGCCCCUGAUCACCCCAAAGAAAGACGAAGAGGACAAUCUAGCCAAGCGGGAGCAGGAUGUCUUGUUUAGGAGGCUGCAGCUGUUCACACACCUGCGGCAGGACCUGGAGAGGGUUCGGAACCUCACUUACAUGGUGACCCGCAGGGAAAAGAUUAAACGAUCUGUGUGCAAAGUCCAGGAACAGAUAUUCAAUCUUUACACUAAGCUCUUGGAGCAAGAAAGAGUUUCAGGUGUGCCUUCUUCUUCCUGCUCCUCCUCCUCACUGGAAAACAUGCUUUUGUUUAACAGUCCUUCUGUGGGCCCUGAUGCUCCCAAGAUAGAGGACUUGAAGUGGCAUUCUGCGUUCUUCAGGAAACAAAUGGGCACUUCCUUGGUUCAUUCACUGAAAAAGCCCCAUAAGCGAGACCCAUUGCAGAACAGCUGUGGGAGUGAAGGCAAAGCCCUGCUAAAGCAGCCAGACCUGUGUGGCAGAAGGGAGGGGAUGGUGGUCCCAGAGAGCUUUCUGAGUUUGGAAAAGACCUUUGCAGAAGCACGUCUCAUAUCAGCACAACAGAAAAACGGUGUGGUGAUGCCAGACCAUGGGAAAAGAAGAGACAAUCGUUUUCAUUGUGAUCUCAUUAAAGGAGACUUAAAGGACAAACCUUUUAAACAGAGUCACAAGCCUCUCAGGUCUACAGACAUGUCCCAGAGGCAUCUGGACAACACAAGAGCUGCCACCUCCCCCGGAGUGGGACAGUCAGCCCCUGGCACAAGGAAGGAGUUAGUGCCCAAGUGCAAUGGCUCCCUAAUCAAAGUAAACUAUAAUCAGACUGCAGUCAAAGUGCCUACAACACCUGCCAGCCCGGUGAAAAACUGGGGAGGAUUCCGGAUUCCAAAGAAGGGGGAACGGCAGCAGCAGGGAGAGGCCCAUGAAGGGGCCUGCCACCAGCACUCAGACUACCCAUAUUUGGGCCUAGGCCGAGUUCCAGCCAAGGAAAGGGCAAAAAGCAAGUUAAAAUCUGACAAUGAGAAUGACGGGUAUGUCCCUGACGUGGAAAUGAGUGACUCGGAGAGUGAAGCAUCAGAAAAAAAGUGUAUACAUGCCAGCAGCACUAUCAGCAGGAGGACAGACAUCAUCAGGAGAAGCAUCUUGGCCUCUUGAUGACACAGAGGUGGCGUGAGCAGCCCUGUGGGCCCGUCACUGGCUGUGCUAGAGGAGAGCUCUGAUGUGGGGGACAUGCAGAAACCCAUUACUCCUGAACUACACAAACACUUUUACUUGCAAUUCAGAGUGAAUUUCUUUUCCAGAGUCAUUUAUAAAUCAUUGUUGUGAAAAGUUUGUGUUAUCUGCAACUUGAGGAAACAAAAGAGUAGACUGUAACCGUAAGAGACUUCUAAGACGAGAACCUGAACUAAACACUAAAAUAAGAGUGAAUUAAAUAAGUUUUAAAGAGGGCAAGGCUUAAAUAAGCCUCAUGAGUUUUUACUGCCUUCUGUAUUCUUCCCAAAGCACAAACUCAUGGUUACCUGAAUAUACGGAAUCAGAUAUGGUUCUUGAGAAACCCUCAAUACAAUUUAUAGCCCGUAAAGCUUAUUUUCCAGGUCUAUGGUAGAUCUUGAAAUCAUAUUUCUAUUUUGGCCCACAAGGCUGUUUUUGUUGCAUUAUAGUAUACAGGCAGCAGCUCCGAAGCUUCAGUAACACUAGGGAAUUCAUGUGUAAAUACAGCAGUAGGGGAAGAGAGCAUUUUAGAAAAGGUCACUACUGGAAGAGCUGAGGGGACAGGGUAGAGCUGCUGCAGCGUGGAGACGUAGGGUGGGUGUAGCAAGGUCCUGCUGCCUGAAGCCUGUGAGUGGGUUGUGGAUAUAGGACUGGGGAAGAAUGAAGCCUUUAGGAAAGUUCUAUCUAAGAAAGGGCAGUUGAGGUACAAAUUUGACCAGUCCUCUUGACCUUCCUCUUCCCUAACCACUGGCUCUUGGGCCAGCUUGGAAUGUCCCUGGCCAUUGCCAGUACCUGGCCAUCUGGCUUCCAACAGUACAAUGGCUAUUCAAGUUCAAGCGAUGAACUUCCAGACUCUGGUGACUCAUACUUCCCAGAGCCAACCACUAGUGCAUAUGUCGGGGAAUCCGGGCUUCCAACAUGAGCGGAUUCCUUAAGAACAAGGAAAAAAGAAAAAAAAAAAAAAAGAAACAAGAAAAAAAAAGGAAAAAGAAAAAAGGGAAAAAAAAGCAAAAUAGGUUAUAUUUUAAAAACAAUAGAGAGGCAAUAAAUUGUGUUAAGCUCUUACUAUUGACCAAGGUUAUACAGGAAAAGGAUUGAAGUGUACCCUUGAAUAGGUUUUCUGGAGUCAGAGUUCUAAACUCUCAUUCGUAACUUGGACUGUCUAAUUGCAAAUGGCAAUAACUAGUAAGUUAUCAGCAAUAAUAAAUUUAGCAUUAAAUUUGAGUACAAUGUUCUGUUUUUGCACUCACUGUAGUGCGUAUGUAUUAAGACAGUGGAUAGUGUUAAGGUCUUGUUAAUUUUCUUUGGAAUUCAAUGUGGUUGUGAAUCAAACUUAAGAGAAGGAAAGUUUAAAUAGCAAUGAGAUUUAGAAUUAUGGGCAUUUGGAACAAGCCCAACUUCCCCCAAAUUAUUCUUUAGUUUGUUAGUAUCAGUAUUCAGAUUCUUGAUUGAUUUACACAUCUGUUUCCAUGUGGCAGGGACAUUAUGAUCCUUAAUAAAUAAAUAAUACUUUGAGUUCUGUAGUUAACUUUCAAGUCUUCCAGAUGAUUGUCAACAACAAAAAAAGGCUUAUUGAAUUCCAUCUUGCUAUGCAAGUUUUAUCAGAUGAUCAAAUAGUAGAUCUGAUGCAUCCCCAUUGUAUGUAUGACAUUUUCAAACCAAGUCUUAACUUUUCAAGUACAUUUUAGUAGCUAAUUCAGGGGAGGGGAAAGAAUGACCCAGGUUUUUAGAUUGACUAUUUUUGAGCUAUUGGGCUCAUUUUGAAAGACUGCUGUCCAGAUCAGCUUGUUGCUACAGAUAAUAGAAGGUUUUUAUGAAUCCAAGUUGUACAUUCACUUGUAGCAUAAUUUAAAAAUUAGAUUUUUUUUUUUUUUUUUUUGCGUAUGAGCAAAAGCCUUUUGCUGGAUACAGGAGAAGGUUGGACUCUACAGUUAUCUUUUGACUAACAGCAACAGCUCUGGGUGAGAGUAGAAUUUAUAGAGGGGUAAUUUGUCAAGCCAUAGAAAGAAAAUCUAAAUUAAUCUAGUAAGUGUAUGACCUCUCACCAUUUUAAGAGGUAUCAGAUUCAUUUGCACUAUUAGGAAUGCUAGUUUUGUGCAAAAAUAAUGCCUUACCUAUUUUUUCCCCACAUUUAGGUUGAAAAGCUUUCAAAUGUUCCAAGUUAUGCUGAACCAAAAAACAAAACAAAACAAAAACAACAAAAAAAAUAAAAAACCUACACAAAAACAAAACACACAAAAAAAUAAAAAGCCCACACUUUUUAUUCCUGCUUCAAAAUGCAAAUGGUAUAGAGCACGGUUUCUCUGACAGUAUAAUGAUAGCUUUGUAAGUUAGUUUCAUGUCAUGCUGGGAACUCUGUAUGAGGUGGCCAUAAGCAGCAACCAGCCCAAUCUACCCACUUGCAUUCUAUUAGUAUGGAAUCAUUUGCUUUUUUUUUUUUUUUUUAAGCUUUAUCUUUCCUUGUGCAUCCUGACCAAGAAAUAUCUUUGAUUAUGAUCAAUGUAUUAUGUCAAAACGUAGGCUAGUUAAACUUUUGUAAAGUUGCCUGGAAUGUCAUUUGUUAGGUUAUAAACACAAAAUCUAAAUGAAGGGUUUUAUGUGUUGUGUAUAAAUCUUAAUUAUUUUGAAAUGGACAAACUUGUCAUUACAUUUGUAACCUUGUACAGAGGAUUUUUCACUAUGUGCCUAGCUUGGUGUCCAUUCAGCUAAAAUUGAAAAAAAAGGUGCAUGAAGAGUUAAAAAUCAGAAAUUAAAGUAUAUGUAGAGAUGACUAUUUUAUAUUACAUGGCCCAAUCCUGUAUUUAUUUCUACCCCCUUUUUGAAAGUAUUUAUAAAACUAGUUGAGGACAGCUGUAUUUUUUUGUUAACUAUUUAGUAGAAUUGUGCCUUUUUGUCUGUAUGUGAAUAAAUGCUGUACAUUUUGCAGUACA